AUGACCUUCGAUAAACAAAGCAAUGGCAAUCUCGCCAAACCGUUCACUCCCACCCUCAGCGCUGCUUUUCACCGGAAUAAGUCUCCUUUGACACCGAAGCUUGCCAGUCCAAGCCCAGGCCCAGGUUUCUCUGCUGGUCGCCGCCUCGCUCAACCCGAUCACCCCUAUUCCACCCCCUCCAAAGAUCCCCCCGCGGUCCCUCCGACCUACCUCAGUGCCAAUGUUACUCCACGAUCCGGUGCCCGAACCACUCGUCGAGAUGGCACCAACGCCUCUCCAACAAAUACACCUGUUCCCGCUCCACAUACACCUUACUCUCAAUCAACAAUCGGAUAUGGCCGCCGAACAGACCGCAGCCCGGCUCGCGGGGUCAAACCGGCGCAAUCAAGGAGCUUGAAGGGCCCCACGCUGUCGGCGGAGAACCAGCCUAUUUCACGUCCGAAUUCCUUCUCCGACAUGGCAUCGGGGUCGCCGUUGUUCUUUCAUGCGUCGGACGCUCGUUCAUCACAUCCCUCUGAGGUGGAGGCCCUUCCGAUAAGACCUCAGGGGAAACCGUCCCCAGCUUCAAGCUUUGUUUACGCAAAUGGAGAUCAAGAACGAAAGUCACUGGGAGACCAGUCGAGUACCACAUCGUCUGUUGUAAGACGUCGAUCUGGAGGUUACUCGCGACCCUUGCCCACCGUCAAACAAACAGCUUCACCCUCGCCUCGGCUGAGCUCAGCCAAGCUCUCAGAUGCCACAUCCACUCCGCCAGAUGUCACGAAACCUCCAUACCCCCAAAAUGCCGAACAAGGUCUAGGGAUAGUCCACCGUUUUAGUCCCCCGUCAAGUACGGUCAGCGAUAGGCCACCCAUCGGCCGGCAUACCAAAUCAUCUAGUGUCGACUCUAGCCACCACGCCCUUCCGCACGACAGUUUACGAUCUAGUCCGGUUAUUGUACCUGGAAACUAUUUCAGUGAGGGAUCAGCACCUGUAAUGUCAGAACAAAUCCCGACUCUUCGCCCUCGAAUCUUCAGCAAUGGCUCUUCCAUGAACGGUUCCACCGUCUCGAAUGAAACAUAUCCCCAAGCACCUUUAAGUCCUGGAAAGUCAGAUGGUCCAAGUGAGGCCGCUUUGAAUGCGCGUACCGAGCGAAAGAUCAUGGACUUGGAAAUCAGCAAUUCUUCACUGCUUGCCAUUAACCGCACCCUAGAGCGAGAAAUGCGUAAACAGAAUGCUGAGCUCCGCCGAUUCCGCCGAUUGAGUCGCUCGGGCCGUAUCUCGAUGGCUCCGUCAACACGUUCGUUCUCAGGGGCAGCCCUCUCGACAACGAGUGAAAUGGAUGAAGGUGCAAGCGAACUUUCGAUGCGAUCACAGGAUGAUAUGUCAGAUAUUAGUGACGAAGAUUCCCUUGCGGAUGAUGGAGUUACGAGUCCUGGCUCGCUGGCCGAGCAUGAUGUUAAGCAACGUGCCCAAGAUGAGAAACGAUUUAUGCUUGACCUUGCAAAACACCAAGAACUAUUAGCAGACAGCCAAAAGAUGAACCAAAGUCUGAAACGCUGUCUGGGAUGGACAGAAGAGUUAAUCAGGGAAGGCCAAAGGGCCCUUGAGUACAACGUCCAUGUUCAAGACAUCGAACUCGGUGGCCGAGUCCUGGCACCUGAAGAGCUGGGCGAGGUUGGCGAGAGUGGUCGGGGCCUAUUAAGCCCUUCUACUGAGUAUGACGGUGUAUUUUCACCCGUCGAAUCUUCAUCUAUUGGUUUCUCUGAUGAGCCAUCUAUUGCAUUAUCUAUUGAUUCACCUGUCCCACCAUCUGCCCCUGAACUUACUACAUGA